AUGGAACUAGACAGGCAGGUUCUGGAUACGUACUGUCCAACCGGGCAGCGCGAAGGUUUUUGGUUUUUGGUUCUUCUGCUGAUCCUCCUGAAGGAAGCUGGCCCGACCGCAGCCUGCAGCAGCAGCUGUUCAUCAUACUGUGAGUGCGGCUACAAAGGCCUCAGCAGUGGUCCUCAGUACCUGCCGACAACCAUUACUGUGCUGUACUUAUAUCACAACGCCAUCACAACCUUUAACCAGUCCGACUUCUCCAGGUACAGCAGUCUGACAGAAUUAUAUCUUAAUUACAACCAGAUCUCCACAAUCAGCAGCGGGGCGUUCUACAACCUAACCAGGUUAAAUCUCCUGCGCCUUUUCAAUAACCAGUUAACCAGUCUCCGAUCGGGCAUGUUUUUGGGACUUGAUAGCCUGAUUAGACUUGAUCUGUACUUCAACAACAUCCACAGUAUCGAGGCAGGAGCCUUCAACUCCACACCACAGCUUCGAAUACUACAGCUUUCCGAGAACAAGUUAACGAGACUCGAUCUCCUACCUGACACGUUUGUGGGACUUGAUAACUUGCAGAGCCUCUAUUUGUAUCUAAACAGAAUCCACGGUAUCGAGGCAGGAACCUUCAACGCCACCCCGCAGCUUCGCGGGCUUGGGCUUCAGAAUAACAACAUCAGCAGCAUCGCAGCUGGCGCUUUUGUAAAUUUGUACCAGCUGCAAACACUAAACCUUGUCUAUAACAAGAUAACCAGUCUCCGAUCUGAGAUGUUUGUAGGACUUGAUAAUCUGCAGAACCUUUAUUUGGAGUACAACAACAUCCACAGUAUCGAGUCAGGAACCUUCAGUGCCACCCCGCAGCUUCAACGGCUGUCCCUUUACAAUAACAAGUUAACCAUACUCCGAUCUUAA